AUGUAUGAGAGAUGGCUGAAAUUUGAGGAAGAUGUGGAAGACGGAGGAGAACGAUGGAGUAAGCCGUACGUGGCUACUCUCUCACUGCACAGUCUCUUUGAACUGAGGAGCUGCAUCAUCAAUGGGAGUAUCCUUCUGGAUAAACCUGCAAACUGCACUGAAGACGUUGCAGAAAUGAUCCUGGAUAGCAUAUUUUCAUCCUAUGAUGAAUCCACACGUAAAAAAUUCUGGGACACCCUCUUGAAAAAACACCAUCAUCUGCAUGAAAAGAAGAGAAACAUCCUUCCAAUGGUCCGUUCUUUUGGAGACAGUGGCCAGAGAAAGUCUGAUCCUCACUCAAUUGAUAAGACAGGUUUUCCACGAUGUUGCUUAUAAAGCCAAGGAUCGAAAUGAUCUUUUAGCUGGCAUUGAUGAGUUUCUAGAUCAGGUGACUGUGCUGCCACCUGGCGAAUGGGACCCAUCAAUCAGAAUUGAGCCACCUAAAAGUGUUCCUUCUCAGUAUAAGAGGAAGAUGCGAGGAACGCCAAACUUCUCUAAUGGAAAGAUUUGUGAUGAUGAGAUGGAGGAUCACGAGGGGCCAGAGCUCAAGAGAACAGGAAAGCUCUUUGGUGGCUUGAUCUUGGAUAUAAAACGGAAAGCUCCUUGGUACUGGAGCGACUAUAAAGAUGCUUUGAAUUUGCAGUGUUUAGCUUCCUUUCUCUUCCUGUAUUGUGCCAGUAUGUCUCCUGUGAUCACCUUUGGGGGCCUGCUUGGAGAAGCAACAGAGGGAGAAAUAAGUGCUAUAGAAUCCUUGCUUGGAGCUUCGCUCACUGGAGUGGUCUACUCUCUCUUUGCUGGCCAGCCUCUCACCAUCUUGGGAAGUACCGGACCAGUACUGGUUUUCGAGAAAAUUUUAUUCAAGUUCUGCAAAGACUAUAAGCUUUCUUAUCUUGCUCUGCGAACCUGCAUUGGCCUGUGGACAACAUUCAUGUGCCUUGUGCUUGUGGCCACCGACGCUAGCUCUAUGGUCUGCUACAUCACUCGGUUUACAGAAGAAGCUUUUGCCUCUCUGAUCUGCCUCAUUUUCAUUUUUGAGGCCAUAGAGAAGCUGUUUACGUUGGGAAGGACUUACCCAUUUUACAUGGAUAGCAAUCUGGACCACCUGACCUUCUAUUACUGCAGAUGUGCAGCUCCUACCAAACCCAAUAAUGAAACCCUGGCGUAUUGGAGCACCAACAAUAUCGACCCUUCCAAAGUUGUCUGGGCUAAUAUGACUGUCUCUCAAUGUCAGGAGAUGCAUGGAGAAUUCAUAGGAUCUACAUGUGGAGCCGAAGGACCUCUUACCCCCGAUGUUCUUCUGUGGUGCUUCAUCUUGUUCUUUACUACCUAUAUUUUGUCAAGCACACUGAAGAGAUUUAGGAGCACUAGCUAUUUCCCCUCAAAAAUACGCUAUGUGAUAGGUGAUUUCGCUAUUUUUAUAACCAUUGUCACUAUGGUCCUAAUUGACUACUUCAUUGGAAUCCCAUCACCAAAACUGAAUGUCCCAGGUGUCUUUAAGCCAACAAAUGACCGUGGAUGGCUCAUUAGCCCAAUAGGCCCCAAUCCUUCCUGGACUGUGGCAGCAUCUAUCAUCCCAGCAUUACUCUGUACUAUACUUAUAUUUAUGGACCAACAAAUCACAGCAGUUAUUGUGAACAGGAAAGAACAUAAACUUAAGAAAGGAGGUGGCUACCAUCUGGACCUUUUCGUGGUGGGCCUCAUGCUUGGUGUGUGUUCAGUGAUGGGGUUGCCUUGGUAUGUUGCUGCCACCGUCCUUUCCAUCAGUCACGUGAACAGUCUUAGACUUGAAUCUACUCUAGCAGCUCCUGGGGAGCAACCUAAAUUCCUGGGCAUAAUUGAACAAAGAGCAACUGGAGUGAUGAUCUUUAUACUAAUGGGCCUCUCAGUCUUCAUCACUAGUAUGUUAAAGUUUUUUGAUCGCCUGAAGUUAAUGGGAAUGCCCUCCAAACAUCAGCCUGAUUUCAUUUACCUGCGACAUGUUCCUCUAAGGAAAGUGUAUCUCUUCACGAUGAUCCAGCUGAGCUGCCUGAUCAUUCUGUGGGUUGUCAAGAUGUCUCCUGCAGCCAUUAUCUUUCCCAUGAUGGUUUUAGCAUUGGUCUUUGUUCGGAAGAUUAUGGAUUUAUGCUUUUCAAAGCGGGAACUCAGCUGGCUUGAUGAUCCCAUGCCAGAAAGCAAGAAAAAAAAAUUAGAUGAUGCUAUCCAAAUGGCAAAAGAAAAUGAUGAAUCUCAGAAGAUGAUGGAAGAUGGCACGACGGCUGUAAUUGAAAUGUCUCCAAUGAGUUCAAAUUAUUUGGCAGCUCCAGGACACUCAAAAAAUAUACCAAAAAUUGAAAUUAGGCCUGAUCCUGCAGAUAUUAAUAUCUCAGAAGAAAUGCCUAAAACGACUAUGUGGAAGACUCUCACCAUGAAUACAGAAAAACUCUGAAGUUAAAAGGAAUAGCUUGACCGUUCGGGACUUGGCUUAGGACAAGGAGCUUGCAGCACAUGAAGAUGACUCAGGGAAGAGCCAAGGUGUGCAGGCAAAGGAGAGAAAAUGCUUUUGCAAUGGGAAAGGCACAGACUCACUAAUUGCCCUGGUACUUCCUUCGCACAAGUAACUGGGUUCAUAUUAAAGCCAUUGAGAAGUGUUCUGAUUAUCCUUUGUGUGCUUCAGUGGGCAUUCUAAUUAUCUUUUGACCAGCAAGGUAAUAGAAGUCUGAUGUUAAAAGCCUCUCUUGUGUGUGCAUACACACGUGCUUAUUUGAUGUAUUACAAUUUCUUAGUAGAGAGAUUGCUGCCACUUUUUUUUUUUAAUUUGCCUUCCGGUGUGAGUUCAACAAUUUCCACUUUGAAUGUAUAGCAACAUUAUGCCACAGUUAUUUUCUGUUUGGUUUUGGUUUAUUGGAUGCUACUUUGAGAUGUGGAUGCUGUUUGCAAAAAUCCAAUAAUAAAAUGUUACCAAGUUACCAUGCAAGCAAUUGAUAAGAGGUAACCCAAUAUUACAGAUAAGUGGGAGAAAUGUCUCUACGUGUC